AUGCCUAUCGAACACCUGGCACCAGAGACUCUGUUCGCCAUCUUCAGUCACCUCAUUGAGGUACUUCCUCCCUUUCCUGGAGACGAUGCCAAAGCGCUAGAAUACAAGCAAGCGUCAUCACGCGACGCUGGACAAUACCGGCGAUCGGUAGGCCUCGAAAGGCAUCGCGCUUCCAAGUACGAAUGGAGUAGAAGGGACAUACUCACACCGGCGCGGGUUAAUCGCCGCUUCUCCGACAUCUGUGCCGAACUUCUCUACAGACAUCUCGCCCUUGUGGAUGACAGGGGGCUCGUAAACUCGCGCAAGCUACAAGCCACACUGGCCUCGUCGGGAGCCGCGCUCCAGCAAAGAGUUAUACAACUACGAAUAGACUAUGAUCGCGAUCAGGGAUGCUGGCUAAGCAUGCCGCCAAAGCAAUUGUUCGACCCCUCCGGAUUGACCCGACUGAAGACCCUCGAGCUCUCUGGCGACGUAGGACGCUUUGGGAGGCCAUGGCCAAUGCCACUGGCCCUGUGGUUCCGCGCCAUUCCCAAGCUCCUUGGACUCGAGCGUCUGGUCUUGAGAGACUUGGACAUUGUGCUUCGAAACUUCGCAGACGCCAAUAUACCCGCCUUGGGGGUCACGGACCUGUGUCUCUACAACUGUCCCAUUACCUCGGGCAUCAGCAUCAUCGAUUUCUACAAGCAAGGGGACUUCUUCCAAUGCUUCCCGGCACUGCGCACCCUUACCAUCGGUGGGGUGGCGCCGGAGCUCCCGCGCGACGCCCAUGCCUUUGCGCCGUUUGCAGAUACGUUGGAGACGUUUACUUGGUUCGACACAGGAGCCUCAUCGCGCUGGUGGGCAAGGGCCUUUUCGACAUCGAUGUUCCCCCUACAGGCGUGUGGACUCAGGGCGGCGAAGCACCUCAAGGUUUCGAGUCUACUAGAGCUCAUGUGCGGCGACAAUGAGGGCUGCGCGUUUGGGAAGACUGUCGAGACCAUUGAGCUUCUCGAGGACGGCUUCGACCUGAGACAUGAGCCUCGAGUGCUGACGAAAGAUGGGAGAUGGAACAGGCUUGAUCGAUCUCCUGCCCUUAACCCGCCGCGCUUGAGGCCGAGCCCGGGAGAGAUCGAGACGAUGCUCAAGUUGCCGACCCCAGAAGAGUACGAGACGCUGCUCAAGUUCCUGCUGAGACGGUGCCGGGAUGUGUAUCAGCAAGUCCGAGUUCUUGACAUUCGGGCCAUUGAUGUGAACGUUGUCGGAGAUUGGUACACGGAUAGAACAGAGGAAGAGAGGGACCUAUUGCGUAAGCUUGCGCUGGAUUUCGUGAGGGUCUUCAAGGAGGACCUUGACGUCAUUUUGUUGCAGUGCUGGUCUAGUUAAAGGCUUCUUAGGAACGCCCUGAUGAAGAUGUAUAUCAUCUACAUGGGACGCUGUACUUAGUUAAGUGAUGUUGGAAUUCGGCGUAUAUGUAUAUGUAUACCGAGUAAUACAUGUACAUAUGAUGGCAUCUGAAGAGCGAUACUCUGCC